UGCCUCUACAUGUAGCCAUUUAAGGAAGGAAAGAUUUGCUGACAGCCACAACAAAGUCGGCAAGAAAUUCAAAUAUAUCUCGCCAUUUGUGGUGAUAAAUUUUGCGGUCAGAGAUCUCCGGUAUCAGGUUAAGUGGUCACAAGCCCUUACGUGCGCCAGCAAACUUUUCGGGGUGUGAAUAGAGCCGUCAAACUUUACUUCAACCGGUGGUGAAGUUGUUUCGAAGCUAUUUUCUGACCUUUCAGUUCUUGAAUGCAAAAGUGUGAACGAAAAACACUAGUUUACCGCCUCAAUUAAACUUUUUUCUCUCGUGAGUUUUGGUCUAUCACUAGGAGGAAUCAUUUUUCUACUCAGACAAUCUUGCAUUCCUAAGUUUUAGCCGUGAGUUUAGUCAUGGAGAGCGAUCUGCAAGCCAGGGAUCGCAUUGGAGUUCAAGAUUUCGUUCUUCUUGAGGACUUUAAAAGCGAAGACGCCUUCUUAGAUAACUUGAGGAAACGCUACAACUCUGGCUUGAUUUAUACCUACAUCGGAACAGUGGUUGUUUCCGUAAACCCCUACAAGACUCUUCCAAUUUACAAUCAAGAAGCUAUCGAAAAGUACCGAGGGGAAAAUCUUUAUGAACUCCCACCCCACGUCUAUGCCAUCUCAGAUUCUGCUUACCGUUCCAUGAAAGAAGAGAGAGUUGAUCAAUGUGUUUUGAUUUCUGGAGAGAGUGGAUCUGGAAAGACAGAGGCAUCCAAAAAGAUCUUGGAGUAUUUAGCAGCAAUAAGCACCCACUCAGUUGAUGUGGAGCGAAUUAAAGAUAGGCUUCUGGAGAGCAACCCUGUUUUGGAGGCUUUUGGCAAUGCAAGGACAAAUCGUAAUGACAACUCAAGUCGAUUUGGCAAGUACAUGGAUAUUCAGUUUGAUUUCAAGGGUUCUCCAGUUGGUGGACAUAUCAUAAACUACUUGUUAGAAAAAUCCAGAGUCGUCCAUCAGGCAAAAGGUGAAAGGAAUUUUCACAUCUUUUACCAGUUAUUGCAUGGUGGUGGUGAACAGUUACUUGAGAAUCUUGAAUUAGAAUGGGAAAGUUCACAAUAUUUUUAUCUUAACCAGGGUGGUAACCCUCGUGUUGAAACACUGAAUGAUGCUGCAGACUUCAACCAUGUAAAGAAGGCUUUGUCUGUAAUUGAAUUUUCUGCAGAAGAGCAGAAUGCUCUGUUUGCCAUCAUAGCCUCAGUCCUCCACCUGGGAACAGUUGGGUUUUUGAAACCUGAAGUUGAACAUGGUGAAGUUAGACUUGAGAAUGGGAGGCCGGUCAAUAUUAUUUCAAAGCUUUUGGGUUGCUCAGAAGAGGUCCUAGAGAAAGCACUCACCAGCCGUACGCUUGAGACUAGAGGAGAUAAGGUUAGAACACCAUUGACCAUUGAGCAGGCAGUCUAUGCUCGUGAUGCAUUGGCAAAGGCUGUGUAUGACAGAAUGUUUACCUGGCUUGUUGGCCGAAUCAAUACUUCUCUUGAGAACAAGUCAUAUCGAGGAAAGAAGACACUCAUGGGUCUUUUGGAUAUCUAUGGCUUUGAGAUUUUUGAGUCAAACAGCUUUGAACAGUUUUGUAUUAAUUAUUGUAAUGAGAAGCUUCAGCAGCUUUUUAUUGAGCUGACACUAAAUGAAGAACAGGAAGAAUACAGGAAAGAGGGAAUCAAGUGGGAAAAGGUUGAAUUCUUUGACAACAAGAUUAUUUGUGAUCUUAUAGAAGCAAGACAUCAAGGUGUCAUUGCAUUGCUGGAUGAGGAAUGCUUGAGACCUGGAGAAGCCUCAGAUUUGACAUUCCUUGACAAGAUGGAUAAGACCAUAGGAAAACAUGCUCACUUUGUCAGCCAUGCAACCUCAGGGUAUAAUGAGAGGAAAACUAUUGAAAGAGGGCUUAAAAUGUUAAUUUUCUUUCAGGAAUUUAGAUUGAAGCACUAUGCGGGAGAUGUCACAUAUUGUGUCAAUGGUUUCAUGGACAAGAACAAUGAUCUUCUGUUCCGGGAUUUGAAGGAAGCAAUGUGCAGCAGUACCAACUGCAUCACAUCAAAGGUGUUCCCCAAGAAAGAAAUGGAGUCACUCAAAAGACCAGAAACAGCAGGAACUCAGUUCAAGACAAGUUUAAACAAUCUGAUGACAAUCUUGAUGAGUAAACAGCCAUCAUACAUCAGAUGCAUCAAACCAAAUGACUCAAAGAAAGCAGGUGUCUUUCAAGAUGAUCUUGUGCGACAUCAGGUAAAAUACCUGGGUCUGAUGGAGAACUUGAGAGUGAGAAGGGCAGGUUUUGCUUACCGCAGACCUUUCCCAUUCUUCUUACAAAGAUACAAAUGUCUGUGCCCAGAUACUUGGCCAGUGUGGUAUGAUGAUCCAGGUGAGGGUGUCAAGAAAAUCUGUGAGCAUCUAAACUAUAAACCUGAUGAAUACAGGAUUGGCAAGUCAAAGAUUUUCAUCAGAUUUCCCCUAACAUUGUUCACCACAGAGGAUGCUUUUCAAGCUAAGAAACCUGCCCUUGCGACAAUCAUCCAAGCUCAGUUCAGGGGCUACAACCAGAGACAAAAAUAUGUUAGGAUGCGGCUGGCUGUCAUUGUCAUUGCAAAACACUGGAGACGAGUUCGUGCCCAAAGGCUGCUUGAACGACGAAGAAAAGCUGCCUAUCGGAUACGCAAGUUCAUAAAGGGUUUCAUAACAAGAAACCAGUCUGCAAGUGAAGAAAAUACUGAUUUUAUUGCCUAUGUAAGGAAGUCAUAUCUUCUGUUGCUGGCAAAACGUUUACCCAGUAGUGUCCUGGACAAGAGCUGGCCAAAGCCUCCUGGAUCAAUGGUGGAGGUUUCUGAACAACUUCAUAAAAUGCACACUCGUCACCUCGUAAGAAAGUAUGUUCAAGGCAUCACACCAGAGAAGAAAGCCCAGCUCAACAUGAAGGUCACAGCCAGUGAAAUGUUUAAAGGAAAGAAGGCCAGUUAUGAAGAGAGUAUACCAAUGCCAUUUGAGCCUCACAGGCUAGGUGUUGCUUUGGAAAUGCUGAAGAAGACUGUUGUAACAGACAAACAGAUCAUUCCAUCAUCAGAAACCAUUAGGUACUGCACUGGAGUUCACAAGUAUGACAGAAAUGGGUACAAACUGAGGACACGUAUAUUAAUCCUAACAGAACAGGCAAUUUACAUUCUGGAUGACAAGACUUACAAGCUGAAGCAUAGAAUUACCAACAGCAGUUUGACAGGUAUUUCAGUCAGCUCUAAAACGGAUGGAGUUAUUGUUCUUCACUUACCAAUUGAAGACAGAGGGGACAAGGGUGAUCUUAUACUGACGGGCACUCAUGUCAUUGAAACAGUUGUUUAUAUCCUGAAUGCUCUGAACAACAAUCAGCUUCUCAAAAUUGAGACAGGAGAAAUAAAACACAACAUGGCCAAAGAUAAGACAGGGACAAUUUCAUUUUCUGAUGGCUCUGAGUUGUUGAUUAAAAAGGGACAGACUGGUAACUUGGAAGUGACUGCCCCAGUUCCCAAAACUGUGAAGUAGUCAGUUUGAUGAAAGCUGAUGGCUAGGCAAUGAUGAAAAUCCAUGAGAGCUGGUAUAAAAUAUGUCUAAAUCAUAUCAAUAUAUUUAAUGACCCCUCUGAAAAUGCUUCUUGGAAAAUUAUUAACUAAUUAUCACCAACAAAUAUUUUCCCCCUAAGUCAAAUCACUUUUAUAUGAAAAUCAAUUUGCACUUUUUAUAACAUUAUGUGGCCUUCCAGUGUACCAGCCAUUAAAUCUAGGCAAAUCUUGCAUGAUAGAGUAAAAAAAGUGCUCAUAAGAACCUGUAAGACUAAAAUUUCCUAGUCAAGCACUCUUCACAUGAGAACCAUUUUAGGCUAAAAUCUCAACACAGGCUCUUAUUUUGGUAACAUAGAAAUUUUCAAAUAUAAUAUCAUACAUCACAUGCAAUACAAAAAAGGGUAACAAAAAACUAGCCAGAACACUGGCAGUGUUAUAAGACCUCAAUACUGUAUUGUCAAUACCUCUAUAGUGGUGUAACGCAUUCAACUGUGCGUAUAGGUUAACCAUGUAAAGCAGGGCGCUAUAAAGCUUGAAUAGCCAACAGUACCACACCCAUGCCUAAGAAUAUAAAUUGUGGUUUCUUUUUUUUUUGUUUUGUUUUGUUUUUAAUGAUAAAAACCUAGGUAACCUAAUUUCACAGAUAAAAACCAUUUAUUUAAGAACCUAUGGAGGUUGACUUGAAAAAACCUAGGUUUUUACUGUACCUGACUGUUUGAAUUUUAUUUUAAGAUGAUAUACAGAAUAUUAUAUAUUUUGUGUCAGGUGAAUUGAAUUGUCCAGAUUUUUUGAAUGGUAGUGUUACACUGAGAAGAAGAAAUUUAUUAUUGUGCAGUAACCAUGAUUGAAUUUUUGAUUCAUUAUCAGUUAUUUUGGCAAAAGUAAAUGGGAUAAAAAAGAUGAAUUACUGAUUUUUACAAGACACAGGUGCUAUGUUCUCUGCCUGAUUCAACCAACUUCACAGAUUUUAAACAAUAAGCCCUCAGUGUGACACUAAAAUGUUUCUCACCAUUCAUUUAGAAUAUUUCAAUUUAUACAGGAUUUGGGAAAAAAAUGUUUAAAACAUUGUAAACAGUUUUGAUAUUCAGCUUUACUUCACUUAACAGUCUUUUAAAAAUGUUCUCUAUUGCUUCAUUUUCUCUAAAGGGCAAAGGUUGUAUUUUACAGCUUGCCAAAAAUAGGAAUCUUUCUACAACCUGGAGUAUUAAAAUGAAAAAUUACCCAAGUUUAUUCAUUGACUAACUUUGAGUACCUUAUUGUUAGUUGUAACAAUAUUAUGAAAUAAAGAAACAAUUUAGGAAUACAUUA